AUGACUCACCACAGAUGGGACCUGGCUGCUGGCUUUGCUGUCGUCAAAGUUGACAACGUCUACCGCCCCAAUCGACGUGCUCAGUUCAUUCUGCUCUGUCUAUCUCCGCAAAGCUACACAGGGGAAAAUUUUCAGGCCCAGGUGGAUACUGCGAGAGAAGGUCGUAAACAGUACUUCUCUCUGCGUCCCCAUAUCACAUAUGGAGAGCUGACCAAAUUGUUGAUAUUAGAUAGAGAUACUGGCACUGAUCACCAUCACCUGGGUGGCGUUUGUGAUUGCCGAGGUCAUUCCCUUCUCGGAUUUGCUGUCUAUCUUCAGUUCGCUCUUCAUCUCGGGCUUUACUUUCUACUUUUCCGCGCUGAUGCGAUUUUUGCUGGUGCCUUGAUCUCCUACAUUCACGGGACAACCAAUAAUUUUGUCUUACGAGAGGACUCUGUCGGCGCCUCGAAAAGACUCUUCAGGGAGCAAUUAACAUAUCCACACGAUUGGUAUGACCAACUUAGCAUCUCCUUUGUCUCAGGCUCACCCAGAGAGAUGUACCGGCCAUUUGGUCAGCGUCUCAGCUGCUACACUGAAGGUUAUCAUCAAGCGGAAGAGGCGGCACCUCGGUCCAUGGAGUGCUCUGUCUUUUUUUUCGCUACCCGAAGUCCGAUCACGGCUCUCCUAUCAUAUUAUCCAAUCAUGCAAUCAUCUACAGUUGACCUUCUGUCAUCAGACCUAUUUAAACAUUACUAUGAGGAUGGCCCUAGGGAGGCGCAUCUGGAACGCACGUAUCUCCGGGCCAGGGCCUUUGCUCGAUUCUGGCAGCUGACCCCAGAUGAUGUUCUCCAAUUCACACCGAAAUUCAGGCGCGCACACACUGAUGGUAUCAUACUUCGGGAUAUAGCCGCCCAAUCCGCAUUCAGCGUUCAUUACAAUCUGGUGGGAGGGACCAUUGCAUCAUUGGCUCCGCAGCGGCCGGACCUUCAGCCGUUACUGAGGCAAAUAUUCAAUUUCGAUGUUGUUACUACCUAUAUGAUGACGGAGGCCGGACACGGCUGCGAUGCGAGGAAUCUCGAGACUAUUGCCGUUUGGCAGUCUGAUGGCAGCUUUAUCCUUGACACACCAACGCCUGCCGCAAGAAAGCUCAUGCCGCCCUCCGCACCUCUUGCAGCAGGGAUACCACGUAUAGCGCUUGUCCUUGCGCGCCUGAUAGUCGAAGGAGAGGACCGAGGCACCCGACAGUUCAUUGUUCCGGUUAAUGAUGGGCGACAGAUGUAUCGGGGAAUUAAAGCAUGGGGUCUUCCAGCUCCUGGAGCCGGAAGGCUACUCGAUUUCGUCCUUACAACCUUCGAUCAUGUCCAUCUUCCGCCAACCCCCAUGUUAGGAGACCUUGCAAGACCUUCCAACAUGCGCGAUCAGUACCUCACUGCCAUCGAUCGGCUGAGCACAGGUGCACUAAUCGUCAGUCUAUGGGUCAUUCCGUUUCUGAAGGGUGCCGCUUUUACUGUGGGCAGGUAUAGCCAGCGUCGCACAGUUCAGGAAGGCCUUCAAGGGGAAAGGGUCCCAAUUAUCUCUUUUAGAACUCAGCAGCUACCCAUUGCACACGCUUUAGCUGAGGUUGCUGUACUAGCCCCGUUUGCGGAUUGGGUUAUCAAGCAACAGAAAAGCCCUUCUAUCGGCCCUGGACUCAAACAUGCGCUUAGUAUUAUCUUGAAGGUCGUUUUCCUUCAGCAUGGGAGUGAAAGUCUCAAACAAUUGAACGAAAGAAGUGGUUCCAGGGGAAUGUUUCCUAUCAACGGUCUCAUGGAGAUGGAGACUUAUCUUCGAGCUAGCGCUUCAGCAGAAGGAGAAAUCUUAGUCCAUUCCAUUCGCUCUGCUACUGAGUUGCUUCAUGGCCGGUUCAGGAUACCCGAUGCUAAGACGCCAGACUCCCUUUUGGGACGGCACGAGGCAGGGUUCAUUGCAGAGAUGAAAGAGUCCCAGAAGAGGACCAAAGGUCAUAGGACUCCUGAAUAUAACAGGCUAAUUCUACCUCGUUGUCGCCCCAUGCUUCUGGCUAUAGGCCAACGGAUGGCACAUGAGGCAGCCGUUGAUGCGGGUGUUGAUCCCAAUUUUCUGGCGCUGUAUGAAGCCGGAGCGGUGAGGAACGACUCAAGUUGGUAUGUGGAGCAGCUGGGGCUCAGUAGAGCAUCCCAAUAUGAUAUGGAGUGCCAAGCGUGCGAUAGUGUGAUGUCGCAGCUUGAUAGGCAUUUGGACGAAUUGGGUAUCGAGCCGUACUGCACCGCCCCGAUGCUGUCGCCGUCCAGAUGGGAUAAUUUCAUCGAUACCUGCCCGAAAUACACAGGAGACGCAGUCCCUAGCCUGAGUAUUGGGGAUAACCGAGAGCAAAAGCUUUGA